GUGUAUCAUGUAUAUUGAGAUUUUUGUUAUGCCUUACCUUCACUGCUUGUAUGUCCAUGGCGUCUGUCACCAUCUCUCCAGGCCAAUCUCUCUCCGGCAGCCAAACAAUCACCUCUCCAGGUGGAAAAUUUGAGCUCGGUUUCUUCACAACAGGUAAUUCUCAAAACUAUUACAUAGGCAUUUGGUACAAAAAUCUGGCCAAUCGAACAGUAGUUUGGGUUGCAAACAGACAACAACCUGUUUCUGAACCGAAACUUUCAGUAUUAGAGCUUGUAGAAAAUGGAAACUUGACCUUAACUAGCCCCUCCAGAGUUGCAAUAUGGUCGACGAAUUCAAGAUCAAUGGCCUCUAAUUCUGCUUUAGCAAAGCUUCUUGACAAUGGGAACUUUGUCAUAACAGAUGCAUUUAAUUCAUCUGUUGUUAUAUGGCAAAGUUUCGAUUACCUGACAAAUACUUGGCUGCCGGGUGCUGAGCUUGGAUACAAUAAUCGUACCAAGAGAAAACAAGUUCUUACACCCUGGAGAAACUCGAAAAACCCUGCACUUGGUCCUUUUUCUUUUGAGUUAGAUGAAAUACCUUUGCCUUAUAGUAUAUCUUCCUAUCCUGAUACCUUUACUAGAGGCACAAUAGAAAUCAAUGGUCAACUCAAGUUUUAUGCCUGGGACCAAGGCUUUAGGGGAUGGACUUUGCUUUCUGUUGAACCAUCGGACCAGUGUGCGGUCCAGGGGUCGUGUGGUGCUUUUAGUAUUUGCCACCAGCAGAGCUCUCCUCGUUGUGGUUGCCUCAAAGGAUUUGAACCCAAAGUCAGGGAAAAUUGGAAACUAGAGGACUACUCAGAUGGUUGUGUGAGGAAAACUCCUUUUCACUGCAGCCCAGGGGAAAGUUACUCAUUUUUGACGUUAACUGAUGUUGAAAAACGAUACAAUAAAAACUUUAAGGAAAAUUUCUAUGUGAGCAUUGAUCAAUGCAGAUUAGAAUGCUUAAUAAACUGCUCAUGCACUGGCUUUACUUAUAAUUCUUUCGAUAGUGGUCGGUGUUACAUGUGGAUAGGGGAUCUAUAUGAUAUAGUGGCAACCUCCGAAUCUCAUUCCAUAAGUUAUCCUCCAUUCGUCACAGGAUUGAAUAUCUGGAAUGUGGAUUCUACAAGUGAGAUGAAGAGAAAGACUACUUGGAUUGUGAUUGGAGUAAUUGCAGGGUUCUUUUCCAUCUUAAGUGCUGCCACUGUCGUGGUAUUUUUCAGAAGGAGAUGGUCAGCAGGAGCAUUUGUGACUACGGACGAUUUUUUGGUGCUUUACAAGCAUAGAGAUUUAAGAAGAGCAACAAACAACUUCUCCGAAAAACUCUGGGAAGGAGCCUUUGGUUCUGUAUUCAAGGGGAUGUUGCCUAACUCAACAGCCAUAGCAGUGAAAGAGCUGAAAAGUAUGAACCAGGGAGAGAAACAAUUUCGUGCUGAAGUGGGAACUAUCGGCGCAAUCCACCACAUUAAUCUUAUUCGCCUCCGGGGAUUCUGCACGAACGCUUCGAAGAGGUUUUUAGUUUAUGAUUACAUGCCAAAUGGUUCUCUGCAUUCUCUUCUACUUGGAAACAACCCAAUAGUGUUGGAUUGGAAGGCUAGAUAUCACAUUGCAGUAGGGAUUGCGAGAGGAUUGGCUUACCUCCAUGAAGAAUGCAGAGACUGCAUAAUACACUGCGAUGUUAAGCCAGAGAACAUCUUGUUGGAUUCAGAAUACAGUCCCAAAUUGGCGGAUUUUGGUCUUGCAAAACUCUUGGGGAGACACCACAGCCGGGUUUUAACAACCAUGAGGGGAACUGUGGGCUAUCUCGCACCAGAAUGGUUUUCGGGUGAAGCCAUCACACCAAAAGCCGAUGUCUUUAGCUAUGGCAUGCUGCUGAUUGAGGUCAUAUCAGGGAGGAGAAACAUGGAAGGGUUAGAUAACGGGGUUGAAAACUUCCGUCCUUUGUGGCUCGCUAACGCAGUUAAUAAAGUGGAAGAUCUUUUCGCCGUGUUAGAUUGCAGGUUGGAAGGCCAAGCUGAUGGAGAUGAACUAAGUAGAGUGUGCAAAGUGGCUUGUUGGUGCAUUCAAGAAGAUGAGAAGGAUAGGCCAACAAUGCGGCAGGUGGUUCAAAUUCUUGAGGGCGUUUCCGACAUCGGUACUCCGCCAGUCCCGCAGUUCCGCCAGCGCCUUAUCAAAUUUCCGGCAGAAGGCAUUAACUACCAGGAGACUACGUCCGGUUCGGGUGCAUGGUUAUGCUCCGAUGUCCAAAGUGCAUUUCAAGCCGAAGUCAGCAACUGUGCAACGAAAAGUCAUGAGGAUCAGAUGAAGGGCGUGAGGGUUCUAGUAUUAUGA